CCCGCCCCGCCGCAGCGAGCGGCUCUGCCUUUGUGCUUCCUCCGCACCUGAGGUGCGAUGCCGGGAGGGGAGAUCAUGUUUCAUUAAAAGUGCUGACAAGAACCCAGAACUCUGAAGACAGCGGUUUUGUGCAAGAUAAGAAUGUUAGAAUGUUCCUUAAAGAAGCUGAUGGAGGAUAGAGCUCUGGCGGUGCAAGAUGACACCAUAAUAUAGUCUGAAAUUGUCUUUACAAUCCAGCUGUGAUGGAGUCAAUGGGUGAAGCUCAAGAGCAACAAGAACAGCUGAACAGGAAGGAGCAGUCGCUGAAAACCACCCAGAAAACUGCACUGCUUGCUUGGGCUGCCUGGUGGAAUGGAUUAAUGACUGGAGACAGCAUGUAUCUGUUUGUCCUCUCUCAGAUACUGCUUCUCUGCAUGAUGCUGUGGUACAGCACUUAUGGGACCAUCUCAGCAGCUCAGAAUGCCUUUGACAUGCUGUUUUACUUGCUUGCCCCAUUUGAACAGUUUUUGUCAGAUCAAGGAGGGGAUCUAACUAGAAUUGGGAAUGUUGUGAUAUCAUAUAUCCUGCUGUCCUUAGUUUCUCUAGGACUGCUACUUGUUGGAUCUCUGUUUUGGCAUCUGCUCAGAGCUCGUCCAGACCCCCCCUUUCCGCUCCAGGAGGACAGACGCCAAUCUGUGAGCCGACAGCCUUCGUUCACGUACUCGGAGUGGACAGAAGAUAAAAAUGAGGAUGACUUUCUAGACUUGGAUCCUGUACCAGAGACCCCAGUCUUUGACUGUGUAAUGGACAUUAAAGUGGAGACAGAUCCAGCUACUCUAACAGUUAAAUCCGUGGGCUUGCAAGAAAGGAGGGGUUCCAAUGUUUCACUCACGCUAGAUAUGUGUACCCCAGGCUGUUCUGAGCAAGGUUUUGGCUAUAUCAUGUCACCACGGGAACAGUCAGCGCAAGAAUAUCUCCAGACAGCAUCAAACAUUCUUACUGAAGAAGAACUGCACAAGAAAGCUCUGGAUUCAUUCAUACUCCAGGCAGAAUUCUUUGAAAUUCCAAUGAACUUUGUUGAUCCAAAGGAAUAUGAUAUUCCAGGCCUGGUGCGGAAGAAUCGCUACAAAACAAUUCUUCCAAAUCCUCACAGCAGAGUGUGCCUUACCUCAGCUGAUCAGGACGACCCCCUUAGCUCUUACAUCAAUGCUAACUACAUCAGGGGCUAUGGAGGAGAGGAGAAGGUAUAUAUUGCUACUCAGGGACCGAUAGUUAACACUGUCAGUGAUUUCUGGAGAAUGGUGUGGCAGGAGCGUUCUCCCAUCAUUGUCAUGAUUACCAAUAUAGAAGAGAUGAAUGAGAAAUGCACAGAAUAUUGGCCAGAGGAACAGAUCACCUAUGAAGGAAUAGAAAUCAUAGUUAACCAAGUCAUUCAAGCAGAUGACUACCGUUUAAGGCUCAUCACCCUAAAGAAAGGAGAAGAAGUCAGAAACCUGAAACAUUACUGGUACACAUCUUGGCCAGACCAGAAGACACCAGAUCAAGCUCCUCCUCUGUUACAACUAGUACUGGAAGUGGAAGAGGCAAUGCAGAAUGCAGAAGAGAAGAAUGCUCCAGUGAUUGUUCACUGCAGUGCAGGCAUCGGGAGGACGGGCUGCUUUAUUGCAACUAGUGUCUGUUGUAAACAGCUGAAGAGUGAGGGCAUAGUUGACAUAUUGCGAACAACUUGCCAGUUACGGUUAGACAGGGGAGGAAUGAUCCAGACUUGUGAACAGUAUCAAUUUGUCCAUCAUGUCAUGAGCUUGUACGGAAAACAGCUUUCUAGAGCAGCAGAAGAAUAAGUGUUCAUGAUAUUCCUAAAGGCUAAAACCAAGAGAACUUUUGACUGCAUUCAGAUAUAUUUCAGAUCUAAUAAGAGACACGUGGUAACCUGGCUGUCUUAGCUGGACAAAAAGAUAUAUUUUACUUUGAUAUUGCUUUUAUGCUCUUGUUUGCAUUGACAUUUAAGAGCUGAAGUACACCUGGUCUUAAACAUAUGUGACAGGACAUAAUCUUCACCAAAAAAGGCUUAUUUAUUUUGUAAAUAAGAACAGUAGCUUCAUUUGUUACAAAAUCAAAAAAAGAAAAAGAAAAAAGAGCACUGUCUUCAGUUUGCUGUUUUUAAAACAUAAUUGCUAUUAUAUCAAAAUACAGUGUGAAACUUUUUGAAUUGUCAUGCUGAAAUAUGUGCCGUAUGUUGACUAAGCUUGAAAGUAACUUUUUGCCUCUUUCUGAUUGUUUUUACAUAUAAAAUUACCGAAUACUGUGUAUAUCAUAAACCUUCUGAGCCUCUGCAUUGAAAGACUCAAGUAGAUUCAUGUUGAAAUAAGGAUUCACACAUCACGUUUGCUUGGUUUUAUUUUUUUAAAGCAGUCCAUCACUGGUGUUAUCAGAACUAUAGGGAAAAAAGUAUUUCACUGAUGUGAGACAAAUUCUUGCCUCUAGUUCUUACCAGCAAUGUUACCCUGCUAUCAUGACAACUUGGAUGAAUUUGUGGUGGAUAGGGGAGAAGUUGAAAUAAUAUUAAUUCUUCAAUUUUCUUUUCUCAAUAUGUUGGCAUCUGACUCUGUAAUCAGAUUUGAUUUUUGAAAGUGUUUUGUCUUUUUAUGUGGUCAUAAAAACAACAAUCCCAGUAGUUUUGCCAGAAAUCGGAGGUGAGGAAUUUCUUUUUAUUUGAAUCCAUCUUUAUUUGAAAUGUAAUAAUAAAAUCACCCAUAUUUUGAAUUUAAACCUGUUCCAAAGCUUUAAAGGAGACCAAAUGGCCAGUGUCCAUUAAAAUUAAUAUGACUGGAAACGCAAAUCCCAUAAGCAGCUUAAGAAAAAAUGAUCACGCAAUGUGUGGCUGCUUCUUGAUAAAUUUCCCCUCAAACUAAGUUUUGAUAAUGUUAUCCCUUUGUAAUCUCUAGCCCGAGCCGUAGUAUUUCCUUUUAAAUAAUGGAGACUACUUCCCAUGCUUUUGUUUUUAGACCUUAGUCUGGCAGUGAAGGCUUCAGUUGGUGUGUUCAAUGCUUGGAGGUAAGCACGUGUUGAAGUUCUUUGAGCAGUGAUAAAUGGAGAUACACAGGACCCUUUACAUCAGAGUGAUUUGUGAAUGGAAGCUGUAAUCAUUUACUGGAAGUAUUUUUGCUUCUCUAUUUGUAACGAUAACCAAAACUCACUGCUUUUGUUAGGGCAGAAGAUUCUGUGGAUUUACUUUGCCUCUUCAUCAGGAGAAGGUAAAGCAGCUCUCAGAACAAUAAGGGCUGAUCCUGCUCCUAUUGAGGUUUUGUCAUUGACAUCGACAGAUGCAGGGUAGGGCCUGAAAUAUUAUGCCUACAACUUCAUCGCUGUGGGGAAAGUUUCCCAGUAUUUUAGUACACAUCCUUUGUGUUUAUUCUGUAUCCAUGAGCCUGUAAAAAUCCUAUCAGCAGGGUUUGCAUGACUAUGUGGCAAAAUGUGUUAUCUUGAACUACUUGAUUUUAUUGCUGUAUUUAAAAUAUUUCCUUCAGUGAGAAGCUAGCAAGAAGAACUGGCAAUCUUUUUAAAAAUACUGGCAGUAGUCAUUAAAUAGAGCAAUAAACUUAAGCUUUUGAGCAUAA